AUGAACAGGAUUAGACUUGCAGCGUUCAACGGUCAUGAUAAAAUUCUUUGUCAAAUUUUAAAUAAUGACACUGGCGAACUAGAAUAUUACGAUGCCAAAAAACGAACAGCGUUGAUUUGGGCGGCAGAAUUGGGUUACGAGGCAGUAGUCAAGCUAUUGCUGGACAAGAAUGCCAAUGUCAACGCUCAAGGUGGAGAGUAUGGCAAUGCACUCCAAGCAGCUUCAAAGGGAGGGCACGAGGCAGUAGUAAAGCUAUUGCUGGAAAAGAAUACCGAUGUCAACGCUCAAGGUGGACGGUAUGGCAAUGCACUCCAAGCAGCUUCAUAUGUAGGGCACGAGGUAGUAGUAAAGCUAUUGCUGGAUAAGAAUGCCAAUGUCAACGCUCAAGGUGGACGGUUUGGCAAUGCUAUCCAAGCAGCUUCAAAGGGAGGGCACGAGGCAGUAGUCAAGCUAUUGCUGGAAAAGAAUGCCGAUGUCAACACUCAAGGUAGAGAGUAUGGCAAUGCAAUCCACGCAGCUUCAGAUGGAGGGCACGAGGCAGUAGUCAAGCUAUUGCUGGACAAGAAUGCCGAUGUCAAUGCUCAAGGUAGAGAGUAUGGCAAUGCACUCCAAGCAGCUUCAAAGGGAGGGCACGAGGCAGUAGUCAAGCUAUUGCUAGAUAAGAAUGCCGAUGUCAACGCUCAAGAUGGAUGGUUUGGCAAUGCUAUCCAAGCAGCUUCAAAGGGAGGGCACGAGGCAGUAGUCAAGCUAUUGCUGGAAACUGGCAAUGUUGAGGCCGAUUCAAAAGACAAUAAUAGUCAGACGCCGCUGUCGUUAGCUGCAAGGAAUGUGUCAUUGGAUUAG